AUGUGGAAAGAGUUACUGGAACCGGUGGAGAAUGACGGAGUAACUGGCUUUACUUUAGAAGCUGAGGACGAGGGUGCCGAUGCAACGGAAGCUGGACCAUCAACAACACUGGUGUCCAUUAAAACGCUGUCUAAACCAGCAGGAGUCUCUAAGAGCUCGCGAAAAAGCCCCGAAAAGCUACGUCGACGACGGUUGAUCGACUCGCUGGUUGAGCAAACCAUCCAGCAGAGUGAUAAUGACGAAGAUAUGCUAGAUUCCGAUGAGUCGGAUAGUGUCCCAUCGCUGGCCUUGCCGUUGGGGCUUCCUGGUACAACAGAUAUACCAAGCAGCCAGGGUCUAGCGCCGGAACUUCCAGGAUCAACCGCUCUAUCAACAAGUCAGGGCUCCCAAAAUGUGGGACUGAAGUUCACAUAUAGUCGGCAGCGGUCGAUGCUUGCGGAGCAGGAUCUCAUGCAAGAAUUGGCUCUUGAUAUGCCGUCGCAACCAGCCCAAGCCCCGAAUGGUAGAAGACCGCGUAGAGGCUCCAUCCCUACUCUUCAACCUCUACAAAGCUUUCACGAGGAAGAGGAAGAUGAUGAGGGCGCAGUAGGUAUUCGAAGUGUUCACGAACUAAGACAAGCGGGCGCAAAUAACCGGUUCAUGGAUGAGAUCGAGGACUUCCUUGAUCGAAUUGGUACCCCAUCUACUCCUGCUUCUUCAAUGAGGCGCUCUGGCCUUCUGGAACUUGCAAGUAAGAUGAAAGACAAGGAUUUUGUGCGAAAAUUCCGUGCCAAUGGCGUGGAGCAACGGCUGUUUGUCCAUCUAGGCCAGGAGACAGAUUUGAUAGCAGGAUUUGUCAUGGUAUCAAUCCUCAUUGCUGUGCUGGUCGAUACUAGCAUGCCACACGUUGUAGCCCAACUGCGUCGUCAUGGAAUUACCAGACUGCUCAUUCGGCUUCUCGAAUGCGAAAGGGGUAUCGUUCCCCUAAGCAAGGAUCGUAAGAGCAACAUGUCGAAGAUUGCUCAAUCAUCUAUUUCAGAACAUCAGGAGUUCCUACUUAAAUUGCCUGUUUGGGAGGAGUUACAACCACGUAUCACCACGCCACGCACGACGGCAUUGAAAUGCCUUGAGCUCAUGAUUCGACAGACGAGGGAGGCUGGAAAUUCCGGAGACAUUAUCUCCAAGGAGUUGACCACCAACUUGUUUUCAAUCUUGAAGUCUGCAUCAGAAGAGAGCUCAUGGGAGCUACCGAACGGACAACAAGCCAUUGACUUCUGCCUUGCAUUAUCUGCCCUCGAGUCACACUCCAUCGCUGCAAGGACUGCCCAUGAUGAAUCAAUUUGGAUUGGCGACUACCUUCCCGUAAUCGCAGAUACGCUCGAGACUGCAUUAUCCAGACCAGCUGACGAGUUUGGCUUACUGCAAGUGUUGAUCUUACGGCUUACCCUGAAUGUUACCAAUAACAAUCCGAAAGCGUCAGAUGUUUUCGCAAGAGAGGCACUAAUGGCCGUCAUGGGUCAAGCUAUUGUGACAAAAUUCAGGAUGAUCUCGCGCUUCUUGACGGAGGAGGAAUUUUCGAUCGCCAUGGACCACCUCAUCCUCGUACUAGGGGUGAUGAUCAACUUUGCUGAGUGGAGUUCUCUUGCUCGAGCAAGUCUACAGAUCUUGCGGGGCAAGGACAAUGAUCCAUUGGGAGACAUGAUACAACUUUUCGUAGAGAACCAGGCUAGGACAUCAGAGGCCGAAUCCGUCGAAGAAAGUCAGAAGAAUGUUGCUUUUGGCUACCUCUCUGUUCUCCUGGGAUACCUUUCUCUAUCACCUGACAUCGCAGAGCGAAUUCGGGUGCAACAACCUCAAAGGACUAUUCGGCCUCUCGUAUCUUCCAUCGAGGAAUUUAUUGGACAUCAUAAGACUGUCGAUGAUCUCAUUGGGACUGAUGAAGAUGGCCACAGUGCACGUACUGGCCUAACAGAGCGACUGGAGAGCCUCGUUGCCAAAUUGAAAGAGAUCAAAUUGGCCGGCAAAAAGUGA